AUGUCAUGUGUUACAUUUAGUUUAUCUGGGAAGGAAAGCCUUGGAGAAACUGGUAAAGUUAUUGCCAUGUCACCAGUAGAUCAUGGUUUCAAGUCGUGGAAACAGCUUCUUGCAGAAAUGCAGGUUAAGGCUGCAUAUGACAGGCCCUUGCGAAAUGUACAUGUGCUUGUCUGCCCAAGGCGUGAAGUAAAACGCUUUGCUGAGCUUACUACUGAUGAGACUAGCGACUUGUGGCUUACAGCACAAAAAGUUGGCAAGCAACUUGAGUCAUACCACAAGGCGUCUUCUCUUACAUUUGCAAUCCAAGAUGGACCCCAGGCAGGACAGACAGUUCCGCAUGUUCAUAUUCACAUCAUCCCACGGAAAAGUGGCGAUUUUGAAAAGAAUGAUGAGAUUUAUGAUGCUUUGGACGUGAAGGAGAAAGAGAUGAAGCAGUCACUUGAUUUGGACAAGGAAAGGAAAGACAGAAGCAUUGAGGAGAUGGCUGAAGAGGCAGAUGAAUAUAGAAAACUUUUCCAGUGAAGAAGCAGAUGAAACUUUUCUUGUGAUUGGGCUUACAUCAUCUCAUUAUUACUCUCUUAGAGUCUUAACUGUUGGCCAAGUGCUUUGUUAAUCUGUUGUGGAUUCCUUAUAAACUAUAUGUGAUAUAAUUGAAGCUGUUGCUGUUUUCUUCUAUACUCAAAUUCUUUUGUUUGGAUGAAUCACCUUUCUCAUAGCUGUUGGCUAUUAUUACUA